AUGGCAACAUAUAUUGAAUGUUUGUAAAUAAACAAAUCUUUUGAAUCGCAGUUGCUUGUGUGUUUAACUUGUAAUUAAGUAAAGUUUAAUAAUAAUUUUUAAUUAUAGCUGUACCUAUUUUUAAAGAAUUUGAAGUUAAAAAUGCCAACUAAUGAAAUUAUCACUAUUCAAGCGGGAAAUUAUGCAAACUUUGUUGGUACUCAUUGGUGGAAUAUUCAAGAAUCUUCAUUUGUUUACUCUGCUGCUGGUUCUACGCCUGUAGAUAUUGAUCAUGAUGUGAUGUUCAGUGAAGGUUCUAAUUUAAGGGGUGACGUGACUUAUACACCUAGAUUAGUUCUAAUUGAGGCACAAGAUAACUUUAGAAAUCUUCCUAAAGAAAGUUCAUUAUAUAGGAGUGAUAAUGAAGAUUCCAAAACUCAAUGGGAUGGUUUCAUCGAUGUAAUAAAAAAACAACCGGUGGAGAUGAACCCUUUUUUAGAAGGAACUAACGUUACUAUGACUCCAGUGGAUUCUGGUAACAUUGCUUCAUUUGAACAUCCUUCUACCUCUUGGUCAUAUUUCUUGAGAACUAAUUUACAUCCUAGCAGUCUAUGUCUUGUGAAUGAAUUAUGUGUUGAUGAUUUAAGCCCUUAUGAAUUAUAUAGUAAUGGAGAAGCAAUUUAUAGUAAAAACGGAGAGCAAUUUGAAGAAUCUCUUAGAAAAAUGGGUGAAGACUGCGAUUGUUUGCAGGGAUUCCAGCUGAUAUAUGAUGCAUACAAUGGAUUUUCUGGAAUAACUGGACAAUUUCUUCAACAUUUAGAUGAUGAAUACAAAAGACGGCCAUCUUUAUGUUUUCCUGUGUAUCAAGAUGACCUUGACAUUCCUAUUGAUGAUGUCAAGAAACAAAAGCAUCGUCUCUACGCUAUAUUGCUGUCUAUGAGUAACAUGAAUAGCUAUUGUACUUUCUUUUCUCCGUUAUCCUUGACUGAUGAUGUUGUGAAUUUAUCAUAUCCAUAUAGACAGUUGCCAUGUGUUCAAUAUAAUGAAAAACUGUUGUAUCACACAAGUGCGAUAUUUGCUGCUGCUAUUGAAACCCUGUCUUCUCCUUUUCGCCUCAGGUCUGGGAAACAUAAUAUGUAUGAUGCAACAAAUUCCAUGGCAACAUAUGGAAGAAAGUUAGUUUCUUCUAGUGUUUCUUUGCCAUUUCCUCUUGGUCACGAUACCUAUUUGAGUUCCAUGGUUGAAACAGAUGUUCCUGAAUACUAUAUGACAUCACUUUCACCAUACUAUAAGACAGAAUGUGAAAGAACAAUAAUCCAGUCAGCAGUUCUAAGAGGAGUACCAGCUGAUAAAUUCCAGAAACCUGGUAAAUAUUAUCAUUCUCCAGAUAAUAAAGAAAUUUUUGGUGAAUACUUGAACAAAUAUUCUCCUAGCUCUGUGACGACUGCCACCAUUUUAGAGGAAAAAUGCAGUGUUGCUUUCCCAUUUCCUAAAAUCUUUAAAAACAUAGUUAGUGACUCUGGUUUUCUAAAUUCAGCUGUUAGUGAUUGCAGUAAAGGUGCUGAUAAAAUACCAUUAGCAGCUUCUUUCAGCAGUUCUGAUAGUGCAUCUCAGUUCCUGGAAGAUGUAUUAUCCCAAGCCAAUAAGAACAGUUUUAAAGAAUACAUAAAGUGUUCUGAAUCAUCAUUCGAUAGAGAUAGUUAUCGUGAAGUGAUAGAAAAUUUGAUAGGCUUACAAGAUAAUUACACAAACUAUUAAUAAUUUUUAUUAAAAUAGCCUCAUUCAUUUGUAUAAUAAGAGUUUAUCUGUUGUAACCAUUGAAUGUGAUAUCUUUUGUUUAAUUAUGGGUUUGUCUAAUAUUUUUUAAUGCUAUACUUAAAUCAUCAUUUUGUAUUAUAAACAUUUUGCCACUCAGAAUUAAAAAUGCUUCUUGGUUAUUCUUUGUACCAUUUUGUUAAUGAGUUUUUGUUAAAAUAUGGAAUGACAGAACCAAAUGUAACUUCAUUUUCAGUGAAAAUUUUAUUCAUGACAGUGAUUUUAUUUGUAAUAGCAAAAUAAAGCAUUUGUUUCCCAUAAA